CUGAUCGCCAUCCACCCAGUACAGGCUCUGGCUAUAAGAAAAUCCACAAGGGGGGUCGAACUGUGAGCUGAUCGCCGAGGGGGUUGAAGUUUAUAUAUUUGUAUGCAGCUUGUCACACAAUGCAGACGUCAUCUCCACAGGACUCAGAUCAGCUUUGGUUGUGUGUGUGUUUUUUUCCCCUCCCUGGCUCCUAUCGCGCCCACCCGCCUGUGUUGUGAUUGUGGAAUACAGGGAGGAAAAUAUGUUUUGAGAACAUUAUCCGGCAGAUCGGCAGGUAGUUUGAGUGCAACUUUGCAUCCAUCUCUCCAGCUGCAUCAAUUCCUAACUACACGGUUGCGUAUUUUUUUCUUUGCAUCUCCAACACUGUGGAUCAGUCAUCGCGGGGGCUCCUGUCGCGGAUUUGCUUCUUGCAAACUUGGGAGUUCGCUUCGCUUCGUCUGGGCUGCUCUGCCUUCGGUCGGGUGGUGGUGAUCUUCGCAUAGGAGGCGCCCGCGUUUGCUUGAUUGCUGGCGGCGCACAUGCACAGGCGUCCCCACAACAGCGACUCCACUGAUAGAGCACCCCUCGUCUGGCCGGAGGAGGAGAAAGCGAAGGGUGAAAAGGAGGAAAGAGUGGGUGAAUGUGCUGUGAGGACGCUGCAGCCGGUAUUGGACAUUUAAGGAGGCGAUGCUACUGAACAUGUCACAGACAAUGAACAAAAACAUCACUUUGCAGGUAUGAAUAAUCCUCUGAAUUCUCGGUCCGCGUGAGUUUGGCUUAGCUCUCUCCCAUCAGGACUAUGGUUAUUGAUGCAUGUGUGGAAUUACGCAUGAACUGAUCUCAUUUUUUUUUCUCCAUCAUGUCCAAGAAUUUUUCGAGUGAUGGUGACAGCUCUUUUCAUAUCAAAAUUAUCAUGUAGUGUUUGGACAGAAAAGAAAACCACCUCCUAAAAAAUAUAUAUAAAUAUAUUUGACAUUUGACAUCACGGAACGGAUCACUUAGCCGCCAACAUGGGACUGUGACCCGGGCUGCGAGCUCCGACAGGCGGCUGUUUGUGUAGUCUGUGCUCCGUGUGCAGACUGGACCUGAGCAGUUGUGACAUUUUGAGCCAUGGCUGCUGCUAUCGCAAGUGGGCUGAUCAGACAGAAGAGACAGGCACGGGAGCAGCAUUUAGACCGGCCCUCGACCAACCGACGGAGAAAGAGCCCCAACAAGAACAAGGGGCUCUGCAAUGGGAACCUGGUCGACAUCUUCUCUAAAGUGCGCAUCUUCGGCCUCAGGAAGCGGAGACUACGGAGACAAGAUCCCCAGCUCAAGGGUAUAGUGACCAGGUUAUAUUGCAGGCAGGGAUACUACUUGCAAAUGAAUCCCGAUGGCUCUCUUGAUGGGACCAAGGAUGACAGCAGUAAUUCCUCUUUGUUCAACCUUAUUCCUGUGGGCCUCAGAGUUGUCGCCAUUCAGUCCGUGAAGACAGGGUUAUACAUCGCCAUGAACGGGGAGGGCCACCUGUACACAUCAGAACUCUUUACAGCGGAGUGCAAGUUCAAAGAGUCGGUGUUUGAGAACUACUAUGUGAUCUACUCGUCCAUGUUGUACAGACAACAGGAGUCGGGGAGAGCUUGGUUCCUAGGGCUCAAUAAAGAGGGUCAAGCCAUGAAGGGGAACCGAGUGAAAAAAACAAAACCAGCUGCUCACUUCCUGCCCAAGCCAUUAGAAGUUGCCAUGUACAGAGAGCCAUCGUUGCAUGAUGUGGGAGAGACAUUGCCCAAGGCGGCGGUACCUCCCAGUAAAAGCACAAGUGAGCCGGCGGUGAUGAAUGGAGGUAAACCUGUCAACAAGCCCGACAAGCCCACCACAUAGCCACACCUGACCAGUGCCCAGUGUGUGUGUGUGCGUGUGGAGGUGGGGGGGGUUGGGGGAGCGGGGAGCGUGACGGAGGCAGGGCUUUUCCCGACUAGACUCCAGACCCUCUUUUCUUCUGUGGAUCAGAUCCAGGCAAACCUUCCUUCCCUUCUUCUCUUGCUCCUCCUCCUCUUUCACCCGCCCCGUCCUCCUUUUCUCCAGCUGUCUCAGCGUGGGGCGGAUGGAUUCUGAGGCGGCUGAGUUUCUCCAGCACGGGAUGGAAGAGGACCUCUGAUCAUGGAAUGCCUUUAGACUCCUCUGGAACUGUGAGAAUUCAUGUGAAUAACGCGUGUUUCACAACCACGCUCGUGGUACUUUGCUUGCUGACGGUUCAUCCAAGAAAACCCUCCCCCUCUCUAUAAUGCCCUGUUGGAGCAGAGUGUGUGAACCUUCAGAUCUAUUUUCUAUACCACAGUUCACCAGCUAUGUUCUGGGAUAGAGACUGUAUAGAUAGAGUAAAUAUUUGGACUGUCGUCCUCUAUUUUUUACGAGUACGUUCCCCUCCCUCUCUUUCUAUCUCUAGUCACACACUUUUCUCUUUGUCAAGUAACCUAGAAAAGAUAAAAACAUUUUGCAAGGGAGUUGUGUGAUUUUCUAAGAAACACAUUCACACAGAUAUGACAUAAAAACAAACACAUAUACAAAAUCAAAAAAACUAUCCAAAUUUUCUUCUUGCCUACAACAUGCGCACACACACACAUUUACAGACACACAAAAGUUUGUGGGGAAAAUCAGAGAUGUUGCUUUUUUACAGCUGAUAAAAACACACUGGAGGCUGGCAGAUAGCUCCUGCAAUCAUAGUUGAUGAAGUGCUAAUUACCGCCACUGCAAUCAAUGCGAGGAGCUCCCUACACACACACAAACACACACACACACACACACACACACACACACACACAUUUAUAAACAGAUGUGCGUGUGGGUGGGAGAGCGCUGGAAGGAAUGGUGUAUACAUAUCACUAUCUAAGUCCCACCAGCGGUUCAGUCCGCCUUCUCUGGUAAAUAGAAAACCUGAAGUCUAUUUUUCUUUAAUCUUAUUUCAGAGCGUGGGCUCUAGGAAUAUCUCUAGGCCUUGUAGGCCUCUGUCCCUCACUCGCUGACUUCUUUGGACUAUAAGGCAAGGCUUGUGGCUUUGACCCAGAUGGUCUAUAACUGCAGCACUGGCAGCCAUCUUACGGCAGCGUCUACUUAAAGCCAGAAAACAACAUGGCUGAAAACCAGUAGGCGACAUUUAUAUUGGCUGCAUCCCUAUUUGGUUCAGCAAACUAAAGCAUGGGCAAGGUUAAUAUUGUGUUCUCUCUUCUUGCAGCAGUUAUACAAGAGAUGGCUUAUAUUGUAACAUUUUCACUGUAUAAAACUUAGGGAAAAUGACUAUUAAAAAUCAUAACUUUUUAAAUGACUAGAUAUUAUUAUAAUUAUUAUUAUGAGAGGAAUUGUCUCCUAGCUCAGCAUGCAGAGUCCAGUACUGAUCAUCUUGGCCUGUCACGUGCCUGUUUGGACCUUGAUUCCCGGCAUGCAAAAACAGGUUCCCAGUCCCCACUGGGCCAAAGGUGCCUCACCCACCCGAUACAUCCACGUAGAGGACACGUAGCAUUAUCCAUCGAGAAAAACCACACUCAGAUGUAUUCAUUCUGAAAUGACCAAAGUCUUUUUUUCAUCCCAAGAAGAACUGAACUCUUUAACUCUUAAAAAAAAAAGGAAAAAAAAGAAAGAAAACAAAUCUGAUUCUCUCUCUGAUUCAAUUCAUUCAAGCUUUCACUGUGAUAGCAUUUGUUCUGUCCGACAGAAUCAACUCUGCUCAGACCUGCAAAGGUCUCGACUGAUGUCAUUUUGGAGAAGUACGUAUACCUUGAAUUAAUCACAUGCAUGUAUUUUCUAUGAGGAACCAAGGUAUGGGUAUCGUUCUUCACUCUGUCUAAGCUGAAGAGCACUGAAGCUCGGUGUGGGACGUUGAAUGGGCAUGUUGUAGGCUACGGCACACUCACACCUAACCUGAAGGAAACCCACUGCACUUUCCGUUUUGCAUCUUCAUUACGACUGUUAGCGGUUUAUCAAAGCUCUAUCUGAUCAAUCAAUUUAUAACGUUUUAACGUCUUGCUUUAAUGAUUUUUUCCUAAUAGUUUUGUUAGAUAAGGUUUAGACUAUUAAGUAGAUUGUUGCUGCUGUAUGCUGCUAAAACUGCAACUAUAUUAAGAAGUUGAUUUGGUAAAUAUAAUUUUCUGAGUUUAUUGGGAUUACACAUGACCAUUUCUUCUUACAGCACAUCAAAGCACAUUAGUUAGACUUCAAUAUUUGUCUGUACAAAGCUGUUAAUGUUAUAACAACAAUGGCGUACCAUAGACGCGUGCGCACGCACGCGCACACACACACACACACACACACACACACACACACAGGAGCUGGAAACCAUUGUAGCUGUAUUUGAGGAUGGUGUUGUGUCCUCGUUACAGCCAAUCAUCCUCCACUCUUUACAAACUCUACAUGCUGGGCUGGCUUCUGCUCCAGCCCUGCAGUCCAGUUAACUGGCUCCUCCAAGGCUGACUUUAUUUUUGUAAAUGACCAGUGUGUAAAUGUACAUCUCUGUUUGGAUCUCUGUAGCCACUUUUUUUUCUUUCUUUCUUUCUUUCUUUCUUGUCCUCAUUUUCUCUCGUAUACGGGUCGUGUGUGAUGUCGUUCUCCUGAUCACUUUUGCUUUGUCCCCCCUCCCUCCCUCCCUCCCUCUCUUCAGAUGUGUUCCAAGAAUAUUCUAGCAAACUUAGUUUCUUUAUUGCUUCAGUUUUCAACCUCUUCUUUUGUACGUUGUCCCAUCUGUUGCAUGGGGAGAGGAUGGCAUCGAUGAACUGCAUGUAGUAGGCUAUGUCUAUCAAGAACUGUUGGUAUGUACCGCUAAUUUUACAUACAUAUAUGCAACGAGUUUGUCUACACUAUACAGUUUGUGUUUGUUGUAUACACAUAUACAACAUAUUGAAUAAAAUAUUUAUAUAAAGGUGUACUGUAAUGUCAGUAACAUACUUAAUGCAAUAUAGUGUGCAGUAUAUUAUUGCACCUGUCAUUUUUUUUUGAUGGGACGAGGAAAACAGAGGGGUUGGCUAGUUUAAGCAUGAAAAAGGCCAAAGUAGAAUUUACAUUAAAUUUUCUUUGUGACUUCUUAUCGGUCCUCUUUUCAAGUGGUGACUGAGCUCUCGUGUCAAUGCAGCUCUCAUCCCCUGAUGCCACCUUUUGAAGUGACAUGGACAUCCAGCAUGCCACAACUAAACUAUGUAUGCCCUUCUCUUUGUUUCCUCCACUUAGAAUUUAACCUUAUCACUAGUAUUAGUUGAGUGAGAAAUGUCCAUUACGUACCUUCAGUACAGCGUGGGCUUUCAUGGCAGAUUGUUUGGUUUGGUUUCCCGGUGGAGAAGAAUAGGCACUAUUAAAAUGAUUUAUUUUCAAAAAUAUAUAUAUACCAUUGCAAGUAUGCCCAUUGGAGUUAUGUCAUGUUAUAACAAAUUUGUAACCAUGUAUGAUUAAGGUCUUCGCAUUGUUUUCCAUGCAAAAUGUUGUGUCAUGCGGCACAUUUAAUGUUUUAUUAUUAAAAAGAAAUAAAAACCUCAAACAGUAA